UAACUAGCACGAAGCGGGCGAUCGGCGCAAGCAGCGCAAAUAAACCCCGUUGCUCUGUGCAGGCAUGUCGUCCGUUAAGAUUGAGUGCAUUGCCAGCGAGGGCUACAGGAUUGGGGAGUCGCCUGUCUGGGAUGAGAAGGAAAGUGCGCUCCUCUGCGUGGACAUCACGGGUAGAAAGGUGUGCCGCUGGAGCUCGGUCACCAAGCAAGUACAGGCCAUCUCUGUGGAUGCUCCCGUGAGCUCCGUGGCUCUCCGGAAAUCCGGGGAUUACGUCAUCACCCUGGGAACCAGGUUUGCUGCUUUGAAAUGGAAAGAGCAGCUGGUAACCACCAUUACUCACGUGGAUGAGGAUAAACCAAACAACCGAUUCAAUGAUGGGAAAGUGGAUCCUGCAGGGAGGUAUUUCGCAGGUACGAUGGCUGAGGAGAUUCGACCUGCUGUGCUGGAAAGACACCAGGGCUCUCUGUAUACGCUCUUCUCCGACCUCUCAGUGGUGAAGCACUUUGAUCAGGUGGACAUUUCUAAUGGGCUGGACUGGUCGCUGGAUCACAAAACCUUCUUUUACAUUGACAGCUUGUCCUACUCAGUGGAUGCAUUUGAUUAUGACCUCCAAACUGGAAAAAUUGGCAACCGUAGGAGUAUGUACAAACUGGAAAAAGAGGAAAGCAUUCCUGAUGGGAUGUGCAUUGAUACAGAAGGCAAACUCUGGGUAGCUUGUUACAAUGGUGGGAGAGUGAUUCGUCUUGAUCCUGAGACAGGAAAAAGACUCCAGACUGUGAGACUUCCUGUUGACAAGACAACUUCCUGCUGUUUCGGAGGAAAGGAUUAUUCAGAAAUGUAUGUGACUUCUGCCAGUGACGGGAUGGACAAAGAGUGGCUUUCACGGCAACCGCAGGCUGGCGGGAUUUUCAAGAUAACAGGGCUAGGCGUGAAAGGAGUCCCACCGUAUCCAUUUGCAGGUUAAAUAUACACUCUUCAGAUGGAUUAGAGAGGACUGACGUAAGCAGGACAAGUCAGAAGGCCUUAUUCUGGUGUUCAGCAUCUUUUGCUUUGAAACCGUAACACAAUUACAAUAUCUCAUCAGGAAAGGACGAAAAACUACUGAAAUACAUGGAAUAUUUUAAAACUGAUCUUUUUUUUCCCCUUUAAACUUGAUUACUUUAAAUAUCUGACGGCGCUUUUUCUGUUGUGUUAAAAAGAUUCUCACCCUAAUAAACUACUGAAUAUUGUAACUUUCUUUUAUGAUUAAAUAAUGCUUUAAUAUCUUUUCUUUUUAUUGUUUAUUCUCCUGUCUCAUUUGCAACUUAUGCUGUACUGAUUUAUUGAUUAAACUACUUGUACUGUUUCUCUUACA